AGAGAAAGAAACCCACCUUUCACUUUUCUUUUCCCCUUUGAAAAUCCACAAAGAACCAAACUUUGUAGUCACAACCCUAUUUAUGAUUUAUGAACCACCACAGUUGCCCAACUCUCAUUUCGCCUCCCAGCCAACUCUUCAGCGGCGGUUCACACUGAAACUGAUCGCCAACCAGAUCGCAAUGCAAGAAUUGACUUCAAAUUGGUUAUCUUUGAUAAAUUUGUGUUCUUGAGAGAUUUGGUUUUUCAGAGCGAGAGAGAAAGAUGCAAUCUUCAGAGCAAAAGGUGGGAUCGGUGGCGGAUACAAGAGGGAAGCAUCGGAUUUCAGCUGAAUUGAAGCAGCUAGAACAGGAAGCUCGUUUCUUGGAGGAGGAACUGGCACAGGUUGACAAAAUGGAAAAAGCUUCAGCUGUAUGCAUGGAAAUAUUGAUUACCAUGGAAACCAGACCGGACCCGCUGCUCCCGGAAACGGUGGGCCCCACGAGUCCCCUUUGGGAUCAAUGGUUUGAACGACCGGCAAACUCGUCUGUCUGCAGGUGCUGGAUACUUUGAUCGUUCCACGCGGGUUUUAGAUGUUUUCCCUUUCAAUGAGAGGGAGGGAUGGAGGAUUCAAUGAUUCACAUUCAAAUUGGUUCCCGCUUACAGCAUAUAUUGCCCUAUUGAUUGAUGUAAAGUAUGAAGUGAAAAUUUUAUCAAUGUGCAGAAACUUUGGUUUUUUUUCUGUACUAUACAUUUCUUUUGAUUCAUGAUGAAGAAGUGGAAAUUUCUGAAUCUAUAUUAUGAUGGUUUAUUAUUAUGCAAAGUCCAUAUUUCUGCUAUAUCUUCUUUACUCAUAUACAUCUUGACAUUGGCUUGAAAUCUUG